AUGGCGUGGCGGUGCUCCGGGCGGUCCAACGCCGAACUCAUCCAGAACCUGUUCAACGCGGGCAUUAUCCAGGCCCCUCGGGUGCGCGACUCCAUGAAAUCCGUCGACCGCGCCCACUACUGCCCGUCCUCCCCGCAGGCCGCAUACGAGGACUCGCCGCAGCCGAUCGGGUACUCGGCCACCAUCUCGGCGCCGCACAUGCACGCCGCCGCGUGCGAGUCGCUGUUGCCGUUUAUGCCGGAGAAUAAGGGGGCCAAGGUGCUGGACAUCGGGUCGGGGAGCGGGUACUUGACACACGUGCUGGCGAACCUCGUCUGCGGGUCUGACGGCAAGGGAGACGGCAAGGUCGUGGGCAUCGACCACAUCAAGGGCCUCGUGGACAUGGCGCGGGAAAACAUGCAGCGGAGCCAGGAGGGCCGGUACCUGCUCGAGUCCGGCAAGGUCGAGCUCAUCACCGGCGACGGCCGCAUGGGAUACCCGGAAGGCGGACCCUACGACGCCAUCCACGUCGGUGCCGCGGCGAGUGAGCUGCAUCAGACCCUCAUUGACCAGUUAAACAAGCCCGGGCGGAUGUUCAUCCCCGUGGAAGACGUGGACGGCUGGGGCUCUCAGUGGAUCUGGGUCGUGGACAAGGACAAGGACGGCAAGGUCACCAAGAAAAAGGACAUGGGCGUCCGAUAUGUGCCGUUGACCGACGCCCCAACCUGA